AUGAAGAUUCCUAACAUUGGUAAUGUGAUGAAUAAAUUUGAGAUCCUUGGGGUUGUAGGUGAAGGAGCCUAUGGCGUUGUACUUAAAUGCAGACACAAGGAGACACAUGAAAUUGUGGCUAUCAAGAAAUUCAAAGACAGUGAAGAAAAUGAAGAAGUCAAAGAAACCACUUUACGAGAGCUUAAAAUGCUUCGCACUUUGAAACAGGAGAACAUUGUGGAGCUGAAGGAGGCCUUCAGAAGAAGAGGAAAAUUAUACUUAGUUUUUGAAUAUGUGGAAAAAAAUAUGCUUGAAUUGCUAGAAGAAAUGCCAAAUGGAGUUCCACCAGAAAAAGUGAAAAGCUACAUCUACCAGCUAAUUAAAGCAAUUCAUUGGUGCCAUAAGAAUGAUAUUGUUCAUAGAGAUAUCAAGCCAGAGAAUCUCUUAAUAAGCCACAAUGAUGUUCUGAAGCUGUGUGACUUCGGCUUUGCUCGUAAUCUCUCUGAAGGAAGCAAUGCCAACUAUACAGAGUACGUGGCUACCAGGUGGUACCGCUCACCUGAACUCUUGCUUGGAGCCCCUUAUGGCAAGGCUGUGGAUAUGUGGUCUGUAGGCUGUAUCCUGGGGGAGCUGAGCGACGGGCAGCCCUUGUUCCCUGGCGAGAGUGAGAUUGACCAGCUCUUCACCAUUCAGAAGGUGCUAGGCCCUCUGCCAGCUGAGCAGAUGAAGCUCUUCUACAGCAACCCACGCUUCCAUGGCUUGCGGUUUCCAGCAGUCAACCAUCCACAGUCUUUAGAGAGAAGAUACUUGGGAAUUUUAAGCGGUGUAUUGCUUGACCUUAUGAAGAACUUACUGAAGUUAGAUCCAGCAGAUAGAUAUUUGACAGAGCAAUGUUUGAACCACCCUUCAUUUCAAACCCAAAGACUCUUGGAUCGCUGUGGAAGUUCACCUUCACGGUCAGCUAAGAGAAAACCUUACCAUGCAGACAGCAACACUUUAUCUAACAGAAAUCAAGCCAGCAAAAGUUCUGCUUUGCAGUCACACCACAGAUCAAACAGCAAGGAUAUGCAGACACUAGGGGCUGGUGGGCCAAGAGAAGAAGGGCUUCCAGCAAAUGAAAGCUUUUUAAAUGGGAACCUCCCUGGACCUGCACCUAGUCCAAUGCAUGCAAAAAAACCAAGCAACACGCCUGGAUCUGGCAACAAGGAUAUAGCCAAUAAUAACAUGCCACAUCUCCUCAGCCCAAAGGAACCAAAGGGAAAAACGGAGUUUGAUUUUAAUGUGGACACCAAAAGCUCUGAUGGUUCAGGCACAAAGUACCUGAAGUCUAACACCAGAUCUCAGCAGAACCGACACUCCUUUAUGGAAACUUCUCAAAGCAAAACCGGGACGCUGCAGCCCGGCGACAAGCACAGUCGCCACAGCUACAUCGAUACCAUCCCACAGUCCUCCAAGAGUCCCUCCUAUCGGACAAAGUCCAAGAGCCAUGGGGUUCUGACAGACUCUAAAUCCGUGGGCAACCUUUCUGAGGCCAGGGCCCAAGCUGCAGAACCGAACACCAGUAGGUAUUUUCCAUCCAGCUGUAUGGACUUGAACUCCCCUACCAGUCCAAGUGCUCCCCGGCACAGUGAUAACAGAACUAUGCUCAGUCCAUCCGCGAGGAACAACCGCAGCGAGGGUACCCUGGACGCCCGAAGACCACCAACAAGACACUCCAAAACAAUGGAGGAGUUAAAACUGCCAGACCACAUGGACGGAAGCCAUUCCCACUCUCUGUCUGCUCCACAUGAAUCUUUUUCCUAUGGUCUAGGUUAUACCAGUCCUUUUUCUUCACAGCAGCGCCCUCAUAGACACUCUAUGUAUGUGAGCCGGGACAGAGUGAGGUCAAAGGGCUCAGAGGGUGGCUUAAGCGUAGGGCAAGGGAUGGCAGCCAGAGCAAACAGCCUGCAACUGUUAUCUCCACAGGUGCAGCAUAAGUCACUCACAAGGUCUGUUGGCUCAUCACGAGAAGACUGUACGGAAGAUUCUAAUAGGGGUGGAGCAUAUCAUGAUCCACACACAGAAGAUGGAGCAUCUACUAAGGAGAAUAGAAUUCUGUAUAAUGACCCUGUUCCGAGAAGAGUUGGCAGCUUUUACAGAGUUCCAUCUCCACGUCCGGAGAGUACCUACAUAGAAAACAAUGUGUCAAACAGAGCCUCGGUGUUACCAGCAGACAGCACCACGGUGACAAACCACCCCAAGAGACAAACCACCUUUGAUACCUGGAAAAGUCCUGAAAACCUUAACAGUCACACAGAACAGCUCAAGGAGAAAGAAAAGCAAGGUUUUUUCAGGGCAAUAAAAAAGAAAAAGAAGAAAUCUCAAAAUAUGCCUAACACUGAAGGUCAGGAUCUCUUGGCACUGCAGAAAGCCAUUCAUUCUUCCAAUCACCAGAGCAGCAGGCAGAAGGAUUGGCAUCCUGAGAAGAUGACAGAAAUCCAGCCUCAUAGCCAGCCGUUAAAAUCUCUUCGGAAGCUCUUGCACCUCUCUUCAAACCAUCCUGUCACCGCUGAGCCCCGCUUCCAGCCCUUACCCAGCCAGCCAGCCAAAGCUUCUUUUCCUGAAGUGCGAAUCCAUCCCAUGGGUCAGAGCUCCAGCAGCGGCGGCAGCAACGUGCGGCCGGAGGCGCAGCCGAAGAGCCGGCCAGCGCUGCAGAUCCCGAGCCAGCUGGAGCCCACCUGGCACGUGUCCCCCGUGAACAGGAGCGUGAGCGAUGGGCCCCCCUACUCGGACCAGCUGCCUUCCAAGAGCGGACAGAACGGGCACACCUACGGCCGGACAAACCGGUCGCGAAUGCCAAACCUGAACGAUCUCAAAGAGACAGCCUUGUAA